AUGGGCAUCAAGGCAUUCCUCAAGAAGCGCUCCCUGAAGGUGUCUGAUCACCAGGUCACCAAGGCUGCCGACUUGACCCUGCGCGAGUCCAUCUGGCCCAUCGCUCUCGUCACCACCCUCUUCUUUCUCUGGGGCUUCAGUUAUGGCCUCCUCGAUACCCUCAACAAGCAUUUCCAGGUAACGCUGGACAUUACCCGUGCUCGAUCCGCAGGUUUGCAGGCCGCUUACUUUGGCGCCUACCCGCUUGCCUCUCUCGGACACGCCGCCUGGAUUCUGCGACACUACUCGUACAAAGCCGUCUUCAUCUGGGGCCUCUCCCUCUAUGCCAUCGGCGCCCUGAUUGCCAUUCCCUGCAUCAAAGCCAAGUCGUUCGGGGGCUUUUGCGCCUCCAUCUUCAUCAUCGGGAAUGGCCUAGGCUCGCUUGAGACGGCGGCGAACCCCUUCAUCACGGUUUGCGGCCCGCCACGGUACGCAGAGAUCCGAAUCAACAUGUCCCAGGCCUUCAAUGGCGUCGGCACCGUCAUCGCCCCGGUUCUCGGCUCGUACGUCUUCUUCACGUUUGACGACGACAAGGCAUUGGCAAACGUGCAAUGGGUCUAUCUAUCCAUCGCCGUCUUUGUCCUACUCCUCGCGACGCUCUUCUUCUUUUCCAAUAUCCCCGAGAUCACCGACGCGGACAUGGCGCUCCAAGCACAAGAAACGCACUCAGAAGCUGACGAUAAACCGUUCGUCAAACAAUACAAGCUUUUCCAUGCCUCCUUUGCACAGUUCUGCUACACUGGUGCUCAAGUAGCCAUUGCGAGCUUUUUUAUUAAUUACGCGACCGAGACCCGCCGCAAUACGAGUGAUGCCAUGGGCUCCAAACUAUUUGCCGGCGCUCAAGCCGCCUUCGCUGUCGGUCGGUUCACAGGCGUCCUUAUCAUGAAAUAUGUCAAGCCACGAAUGGUCUUCCUGGUUUUCUUGACUAUGUGUAUUAUUUUCAUCUGCCCGUCCAUCACUCAGCGCGGAAACGCGGGUAUUUCAUUCCUAUACGUCGUCUUGUUCUUCGAGUCAAUCUGUUUCCCGACCAUUGUCGCCUUGGGAAUGAGAGGUCUUGGACGACACACAAAGCGCGGGAGCGGUUUUAUCGUUGCUGGAGUCGUCGGCGGCGCAUGUGUCCCGCCCCUGACAGGCGUGGCCUCCGACAACCUGGGAACGGGAAAGGCUAUGGUUGUACCUCUCGCCUUUUUCAUAGCCGCUUGGUCGUAUCCGAUUUGUGUGAAUUGUGUGGGAAGCUACAAGAGGGUUGUCGACUCGUUUCAGCUGACGGACAUUGGGCUCCACGAUCGCACGGUUGACGAUGAGAAGGUUCAGGGAGGCACAUUGGAGGAGGAGCAUGCGAAGCAAAGUUCGUAG